GGGGGCGUGUCAUCGUGCGUUCAGCCCGGCGUAACGACGUAAAGCAGCGGCUAGUAACACAGCGUGGACAUGGAGGACACACUGCUGUGGAUUGUGGGUGUGCUGUUACUCCUGUUCUGCAGUCUGGAUGUGUGGUAUUAUUUACGAGCAGCGUUUGUGCUGGUCAGGGCCUGGUUCCUCUCCCCUGUAUUUGACAUCACAGCAGAGCAGACCGCCAGCGGACGAGUCGUACUCCAUGACGUUGAUCUUUGCCACAUGAACAACGCCCGGUACCUGCGCGAGUGUGACUUUGCCCGUUUCUCUUUGUACAUGCGCAAUGGGGUGUUCAAGGGUGUCAGAGCUCUAGGGGCCACCAUGGUCGUUGGGGCAACUACCAUCCGCUAUAGACGGCCGCUGUGUGUUGGUGAGGCAUUUGAGCUACGCAGUCGAAUCGUUACCUGGGACGAGAAGUCAUUCUACGUGGAGCAGCGGUUUGUGUCUUGUAAAGAUGGGAUGGUGUCGGCUGUUAUGUUCUGCAAACAGAAUGUCCUGCGCAGCAGUCCAGACAAGAUCCUGCAACACCUGUGCAAGAGAAAGGUUGAAGUGCCAGAAUUUCCUGAAGACCUGCAGCACUGGAUCAAUUUCAUCUCAGCCAGCAGUAAAGCCUUGAGGGGGGAAAGUCAGCUCGAUGAUAAAACUAAGAAUGAAUGACGGCUCGCUGCCUUAAAUGAACUUUUAUGAAACUGGUUUACAAAAACAGAAGAACAUUCUGAUGCACAUACAUUAAUGUCUCAGGUGUCUGGAUACUCCAAUGCAAAAUAAAAAUGUGAGCUCUGCUGUAAUCUAAAAGUCUAAUUCAUGGUGUGUUAUGUCUGGGGAAAACUAAGACUGUGAAUAUGUAAAAAUAACAAUGGAGAACAAACAAAAAAAUAUUUUCUGAUGUAUUUUAUGCUGUAUUACUGCCACUGACUGGACUUGAGUGUAAAGCAUUAAUAGGAAUAUAAUAAAACAGUUAAAAUGUAUCUGCAACUUCGAUUU